AUGGCAUCGGCAGACGUUGGCUCCCCGAGCUUCGAGCGCCGCGAACGCGAUGGCGAAAUGGAAAACGACCGCGACGGCGGCGACCGUCGACACCACCGCGAUAACCGCGACAACGAUCGCCCCCGCAAUCGAGACCGCGAUCGCACCGAUAGCUACCGCCCGGCUCCCAAAGAACAACGACGCCCGACGCCGCCCAUGAAGACGGAGGAGGAGAAGCAGGCCAUCGCAAAGGCCGAGUACGAGAAGCUGCUGUCCAUGCGGUCCGGAGGCACCUACAUACCACCCGCGCGACUGAGGGCGCUGCAAGCCCAGAUCACCGAUAAGAGCUCCAAGGAAUACCAGAGGCUGAUGUGGGAGGCGCUGAAGAAGAGCAUCAAUGGUCUGAUCAACAAGGUCAACUAUUCCAACAUCAAGCACAUUGUUCCCGAGCUCUUUGGCGAGAACCUGAUCAAGGGCCGCGGCUUGUUCUGUCGAUCCAUCAUGAAGGCGCAGGCGGCUUCUCUACCCUUUACGCCCGUCUUCGCCGCCAUGGUGGCCAUUGUCAACACGAAGCUGCCUGCCGUCGGCGAGCUCCUGGUCAAGCGCCUCAUCAUGUCCUUCCGUAAAGGUUUCAAGCGCAGCGACAAGGCUGUCUGCGUUUCGUCCACAACAUUCCUGGCGCAUCUUGUCAACCACCAGGUUGCUCACGAGCGACUCGCUGGCCAGAUGCUCCUUCUUCUCCUUCACAAGCCGACGGACGACAGCGUCGAGAUCGCCGUCAACUUCAUGCGCGAAGUUGGACAACACUUGCAGGAUAUGCAGCCCGCAAUCGCCCUUGCGGUCUGGGAUCAGCUGAGGAAUGUGCUGCACGAGGCGGAUAUCGACAAGCGUGUGCAGUACAUGAUUGAGGUGUUAUUCCAGGUUCGCAAGGACAACUUCAAGGACAACCCGCCCAUCAAGGAGGAACUCGACUUGGUUGAGGAGGAGGAUCAAAUCACGCACAUGGUCGACCUGGACGGUGAAAUCGACGUACAGGAUGGCCUCAACAUCUUCAAGUACGACGCGGAGUGGGAGGAGCAUGAGGAGGCGUACAAGAAGCUCAAGGCCGAGAUCUUGGGCGAGGGCAGCGACUACGAUGACGACGAUGACGAUGAAGAUGAGAGUUCCGAGGAGGAGGACGACGAAGAGGAGAAGGCCAUGGAGAUCAAGGACCAGUCCAACACCGAUUUGGUCAAUCUGCGCCGUACCAUUUACCUGACGGUCAUGUCGUCCAUCGACCCCGAAGAAGCAGUGCACAAGCUUUUGCGGGUAAACCUCCCGGCUGGCCAAGAAGCGGAGCUGCCCUCGAUGAUUGUCGAGAUUUGCUCCCAGGAAAAGACCUUUUCAAAGUUUCACGGUCUGAUUGGAGAGCGUUUCGCCAAGCUUAACAGGUUAUGGACCGGUCUCUUUGAAGAAUCCUUUGCCGACUACUACAGCAAGAUCCACCGAUACGAGACCAACAGGCUUCGCAACGUUGCGCGCUUCUUUGCGCAUUUGCUCGCGACCGAUGCUAUUGGCUGGCACGUACUCUCCGUUAUUCACCUCAAUGAGGAAGAGACAACGAGUAGUUCCAGAAUUUUCAUCAAGAUCCUCUUCCAGGACAUAUCUGAGGAGCUUGGUAUGGCAAAACUGCAAGCUCGGAUGAAGGACGAGAUCCUCCAACCCAGCUUCACCGGCCUGUUCCCGCGCGACAACCCACGAAAUAUUCGCUUCUCCAUCAACUACUUUACCAGUAUUGGCAUGGGUGCUCUCACAGAGGCUUCUCGCGAGUACCUCCAGAACAUGCCCAAGCCAGCAUUACCUGCACCACCGGCUGAUGAUUCCGACUCGGAGUCGGUGUCUAGCUACUCUUCGUACACGGGCUCCUCAUACUCCCGCUCUCGAUCAAGGUCGAGGACGCCUCGACGCGCCAUUGAUCGCAAGCAUGCCGACUCCAGAUCUCCUUCGCCCCGCGGACGGGGCCGCUCGUACAGUCGAGGUCGCAGCUCUAGCAGGGACGCCGCGACGACUCGUACUCGGCGAGUCCUCCGAGAAGACGCGGUCGUUCUGCCAGCUACUCCAGAUCUCCUUCUCCGGCCCGAAAUGGUCCUAGGGACCGUAAUCUCCUUCCCCAAGGAGAGGACGUUCUAUUUCGCGCUCUGUCACCCCUCCGCCUACACGAGGCGUACCUGUCCGCGGUCCCAGGCGGAACAGUUCAUCUGUGAGCAGCGCGCCGCGGAAACGCGCCCGCUACGACAGUCGUUCUCCUAG